AUGCUGUACAAGAUCAUCGCAGACGAUGGCUCGUGGUACUUCUAUAACGACACGGAAAAGUAUGAGAUGCAGGUACGCUUCCGCUUCGGGUCCAAGUCGGACAUCACACCGGGAGACCGUGUUGAUAUGUUUGUGCGGAGCGACAAGGAGCUGGAGGCUUCCCUCACCUUGUACCCAGAGGAGACUCUGAAGCUCAUCAGUGGCAAAGUGAACGGCUUCAAAUGCAUGGCAAAGGCAGUGGCGCUGCACGAUGAUAAGCGUGAAGAGGUCUUCUCCAUUAUCAAUAAUACUAUUGCGGGUGAUUUGACCCGCAUUGCCGGUGAUGUCGGUGCAGAGAGCAUGCUUACUCUGGAGGAGGGGCAGGUGCUGCAACACUGCAUCGAGAAGGAGUUGCCAUACGUUGACUGCGACUUCCGCCCCUGUGACGACUCGCUGUACCGCCCUGAUGUGGACGCGUACAAGGUGCGCUCGCUGCCGUGGCGCCGUCCCGAUGGAUACAUCCCGCCGGACCAGCUCGGAGAGGUACGCCUCUUCCGCCGCACUAUCCUACCGUCGCAGGUGACUCAAGGCGAUAUCGGUGACAGCUACCUCACCUCCGCCAUUGCAUGCCUCGCGGAGUCACGCGACCUGGUUCACGACCUCUUCCGCCACCCCGUCAGCGCCGCACACGGGAAGGUUGAGCGUGCACUCGGUGCCUACUGGGUGACGCUGAACUACAACGGCUGGUGGUGCCCGGCGCUGCUGGAUGACUACCUGCCAGCCUACCGCGAGGGACCGGAGUUCGCGCGCUGCGCCGUUGACCUGCGUCGCAUGUGGGUUGCGCUGCUAGAGAAGGCCUACGCAAAGAUACACCACUCGUACUCAAACAUCGCCAGCGGUGACCCGCUUGAGCCACUGCAGGACUUUACAGGAUUCCCCGUCACCCGCUUCGAUCCCGACUGGGAGGAGGCGGUAAACGGCGACGACGCCCUAUUCAAGAGGAUAUUGAUGUACAACAAGAAGGGAUGCAUUACGAUGCUGUACACGCCGCGCAGCGAGAUGCCAAACGGCCCCUUCAUCAACGACAGUGUAUCCCCCGAGCAGGCGGAGUUGGAGGCCAAGUACCAGGAGAUGGGGUUGAAGCUCCACUGCGGCUACACAGUGCUUCGCACUAAAUAUUUUGAGGACUUUGACCUCCGUCUGGUGCAGGUGCGCAACCCGUGGGGCGAUGGUGACGAGUGGAAGGGCAACUGGAGCAAGAACGACAAACGGUGGGAGAAGUACCCGACGGUGAAGACUGGCUGCUUUCCCGACAACGGUGACCCGACGGAGCUUGACCGAACCUUCUGGAUGGAGUGGAGCGAUGUCGUGUCGACGUUUGUCGGCGGUGGUGUGUGUCACGUGAAGAGCAACUGGUACGACUACCGCAUCCGCGGCGAGUUCAUUGAGGGAUUCCCGACGGUGAGCUUCGAGAUCAAUGUCGCCGACCCGGUGGACGCCUACAUUGUCCUCUCGCAGGAGGACGAGCGCGAUGGCGACGAGUUUGAGUACGCCGCGAUGCUCGUCAGCGUAUCGCGCCACAAUGGGAAGAACGAGAAGAUGGAAUGCACCAGUAACGUCGAUGUGGAGAAUCCGGACAAGCAGCUGAAGUUUAACUUUGCCCGUGACGUCGCGCUGCGCUACACCUUCGAGCCGGAGGGCAACCCGUACUUCGUCAUCCCGCGCAUCCACGACGCCGCCAUCUCGAAGCCGUACGUUCUCGGCUUGCUGCUCGACACGUACGCCGGNAACGGCAUCAAGGUGGAGUUCAAGACCAUCGACAAGGAGUGCAAGGUGUUCCAGAACAUGCCGAGAUUCUCGGUGAAGGGCAUGGCGCAGGACAUCGCCACGGAGUACCAGAUCCGCAACCCGCGGCAGCCAACGGAGUGCGUCGGCUCGGAGCUGAAGGAUGAGCGUCUGAAGGAGUUCGGCCUGUACGAGGAGUAG